AUGGGAUUUCCUGCCUCUCUGGAGGGAGUGUCACAUUUCAUCUUUUCUCCAUCUUUUCCCUUUCUAGCAGCCCAGUGCCUUCUACUCCUUGCUUGCGUGCUGGUCUUGGCUGCCCCAGGCCACUCCAUGCAUAUACAAACCCUAAACAUCUUCAAGAAAUCUCCCUCCGACACUUCGGCGAGUGCUCUGAAGAAAACCAGUUGGCCCAAGGACUGCAGCGAGGUCUCUGCUGGCAGCCCCAGCGGCGUCUACGUCAUCCAGCCCACAGGACUGCACCCCAUCGUGGUGUACUGCGAAAUGAAUGUGACAGAUGGGGGCUGGACAGUCAUCCAGAGGAACCAGCAGAGCACGGAGAUCACCUGGGCCGAGUCCUGGAGCACCUACAAGUACGGCUUUGGGAACGUGCACACCGAGUACUGGCUGGGCACAGAGUACAUCCAUCAGAUCUGCAAGCAGAAGGUCUACGAGGUCAGGUUUGUCAUCUGGGAUGCUGCAAACAACACCAAGUUUGCAGACUACAACCUCUUCAGCCUGGAAGAUGAGUCCCACAGCUACCGGCUGAGGCUGGGAACGUACUCGGGGACAGCGGAGGAUGCCAUGAACUCAGACAAUCCCAGGAAUGUGCACAACAACAUGAAGUUCUCCACAAAAGAUCGAGAUCAGGACACUUACAGAGGGAACUGUGCCUCCCGCUCUGGGGGCGGGUGGUGGUACUCAGCGUGUUAUUCUGUACGGCUGAACAUCAAGGGGGGCAUAACGUGGGGCAGCCUGUGCAAUGAGAACUGCAAAGCUUCGGCCAUCCUCAUCAAACCAGCUCCAUACCAUUAG